CCAAGUGAAAGAAAGUCACACCGUUAACUUGAGAUAGUUAAUUUUUUCUCUGACAUCUAAGAUUCACUGCUACAUAUAGUGAUUGCUGUGUCAACAGCCUGUGGCAUAGGAGGAACACAACACACUCAGUUAGAAUAAGUUACAAUACUGGUUUUAAACUGAGACUUCAACAAGUGGCAAGAGGGACAUAUCAGGAACUUUCCAGCUCUUCCAAAGUCUGUGAGCAAGAUGCCUCUCUGCUGUAAGCCGAGCACCGACACUUUAGUUGGCCAAGACAGUGACACAUGUCUGGAGAACUCUGAGCCUUCGAGUUUGAAUUCGCUGUGUCUUUGUAAAUGUAACGUUAAAGGUUUUGUCAGGAGAAAUGCGUUUAUUCUGCUCACUGUGGCUGCUAUCGUCCUGGGUGUCGUCCUGGGUUUUGCUCUACGUGCCGCUAACAUGACCGACCUGCAAAUUUACUACUUCAUGUUUCCUGGAGACCUGCUGCUGAGAAUGCUGCAGAUGAUGGUGCUUCCUCUCAUCAUCUCCAGUCUGAUCACAGGCAUGUCGUCGGUGGACAAGACGUCCUCUGGGAAAAUGGGGCUCUAUGCUUUUUGUUAUUACUCCACGUCCACCUUCCUGGCUGUGUUCACUGGCAUCAUCCUAGUGGUUCUCAUCCAGCCAGGGAAAUCACCCAUGCCCACCUCAGUGUCCGCUGGUGGUACAUCGGACACCAUGCAGACGCUGGAUGCCUUUCUGGAUCUGAUCAGAGAUAUGUUUCCUCCAAAUCUGGUGGAGGCUUGUUUCAGCAAGUAUAAAACAAUUUAUUCUGAAAAGGCAACUAUUGAUGUCAACAUGACGGCAAAAAAUAACACAAUACCGAUGGCAGGCACCAUAAAUGGGGUCAAUAUUUUGGGCUUAGUGGUCUUCUGCAUCGCCUUUGGCCUCGUCCUGGCCAAAAUGGAGGAUGAGGCGAAACCUCUGAAGGACUUUUUUGACUGCCUCAGUAAAGCCAUCAUGCAUCUGAUUGGUGUGUUCAUCUGGUAUUCCCCGGUAGGAAUCUUCUUCUUGGUUGCAGGACAGAUUUUGAAGCUGAAGGACACUGGUGUUAUAGGACUUCAGGUUGGCAUGUAUACUCUCACUGUCACCACUGGCCUGGUUAUCCACAGCUUGUUCACCCUGCCGCUCAUCUAUUUAAUUUUCGCUCGCAAAAAUCCCUUCAAGUUCAUGGCUGGUCUCCUCGAGGCUCUCACCACCGCCUUUGGGACUUCAUCCAGUUCUGUGACUCUACCCAUCAGUAUCCACUGUCUGGAGAAUAAUCUCAGAAUGGACAAACGGGUGACUCGCUUCAUGGUGCCUAUAGGAGCCGUCUUGACCAUGGAUGGAACAGCCCUCUAUGAGGCUGUUGCUGCCAUAUUCAUAGCCCAGGUUUACAACGUGGAACUUAAUCUGGGUCAAAUCAUCAUCGUCAGUAUAACUGCGACAGUGGCAGCUAUCGGAGGCUCAGGUAUCCCACAGGGCGGCAUGGUAACCAUGGCGAUGGUGCUGUCAUCAGUUGGCCUGCCCCUUGAAGGCAUUUCAUACAUCGUCACAGUUGACUGGAUGCUGGAUCGUUUGAGGACAACCACCAAUGUGCUGGGCGACUGUUUCGGUGUGGGAGUCGUGCAACAUCUCUCCAGACAUGAGUUGCAGAGUCCCGCAGAGGAAUGGUUGGUAGAGGAAGAGGCAGAGUAACCUUAAGACUGACCAACAUUUAAACUCACUUGAUGUUAUUCAUGCACAAAUAAUGUUCAGGGAAAUAUGGCAACGAUAGCAACAUUAACUGCUAUCAUAUACUA